CGUGAGGCUCUUUAUUUAGGCUUCGGGUUCUUCGACUGCUGGCCACGUGCAGCGCCAAGAGUGCAGCGCCGCAUUCGCAGCAUCACCCAGCGGCUGUGUCGGAAAUUAUUUGAAAAGAAAAUGCCAGUUAUCAGGAUGCUGAGUCGUGUUGUCAGCCAGAUGCAGCAGAGCCCUGCUUGCGGCUGCUGGCUGUUGGCCGUGCCAGCCCGGUUUCUGGGUACCCUCCCUCGGCAGGUCCAAUCUGAUGCCAGCUUCCAUUCUGUCUCCUUCUCGGAAAUAGACCAUCCACGCAUCUUAAUUACAGGAGGCCUUGGUCAGCUUGGAGUGGGACUUGCUAACUUUUUGAGGAAAAGAUUUGGAAAGCAAAAUGUGAUCUUAUCCGACAUAAGGAAACCCCCCAAUCACAUCUUCCACAGCGGCCCAUUUAUUUAUUCUGAUAUCUUGGAUUAUAAGCAUCUCCGCGAGGUAGUGGUAAACAAUCGCAUCACCUGGCUAUUUCAUUAUAGCGCUUUGCUCAGCGCAGUUGGAGAAACAAAUGUAUCUUUGGCGAGAGCCGUGAAUAUAACUGGGUUGCAUAACGUCCUGGAUGUUGCUGCAGAACAUAGUUUGCGAUUGUUUGUGCCUAGCAGCAUUGGAGCCUUUGGACCCACUUCUCCCCGGAACCCAACCCCUGAUCUCUGCAUCCAGAGACCCAGGACCAUUUAUGGUGUGUCCAAGGUCCAUGCGGAGCUCAUGGGAGAGUAUUAUUGUUACCGGUAUGGGUUAGAUUUCCGAUGCCUCAGAUAUCCUGGAAUCAUUUCAGCCGACACCCAGCCUGGAGGAGGAACAACUGACUAUGCAGUCCAGAUGUUUCACGAUGCUGCCAAGAAUGGCAAGUUCGAGUGUAACCUGAAGCCCACCACGAGGCUCCCGAUGAUGUACAUUGACGACUGCCUAAGGGCCACCCUGGAAGUCAUGGAGGCCCCUGCAGAUUCUCUGUCCAUGAGGACCUACAACAUCAGCGCCAUGAGCUUCACCCCUGAGGAACUGGCCCAAGAGGUUCUCAAGCAUGUGCCGGAAUUCCAGAUGACAUACAACGUGGAUUCUGUCCGACAGGCCAUAGCUGAUAGUUGGCCCAUGAACUUGGAUGACAGCACCGCGCGGAAGGACUGGGGAUGGAAACACGAUUUUGAUCUUCCUGAGUUGGUGACAACAAUGAUGAACUUCCACGGUUCUGACACUAGAGUUGCUCAAGCUAACUGAGGGAAUCAAAAGGAAGAGCUCCUGUAUCCUGGACAGAUGUCAAGGGAAAACUAUACAGUUAAUCAUGUUACAAGGCCCCAAGGAACCUAAAUUAUUUGGUGUUUAAGGGACAAAUUGGACUACACUUUGGCAGCUCAUAUUGAACUGCUACAUAGAGAAUGGAGUUGCUUUAAGCAUUUUUAAAGGGCUGUAGGUUUGGUGAUGGGACUUUUAAAUCUUAGCUAUUUGCCUGAACUUGCCCAAAUAAAUACACAUAUUGCAGAAUGAAGCCUAGUCAUAAUAGUUUCCAUUUCCCUAAUUAAAAUAAAGUUAUUUCUGGGAAAGUGGAAGUCUGUGAUGUUUGUACUUAAUUAAAUUUAAUUGAAUGUGACCCCUAAGACUCCAUUAUUCUCUUGACUAGAGACCAAAGAUUACAUUUAGAGACUUUCAGAGAUGAUCUCCUAAUUUAAAAAUAUUCUUUACUAUCCCAUCAGAAUAUAAAAAAUGCUUAGUAUUUCAAGCCCAUAUUCAUAAUGCCCAAAACAUUUUAACACUUCUUCAAGAAUAAUCACUUCUCAUUUAUUUUUCUGUUUGAAGAUCUGUAGGAAAUUGAGACUAUCCAAGGUGAUCUAACUAGUAAAGGGAAGCUAGCACCUAUCCAAGAUGAUCUAACUAGUAAAGGGAAGCUAGCACCUCUAUUAUUUUGAAUGCCCUCCUGUUAGUAAGCUAAGUAGUAAUUACUUAGCUUACUAACAGAAGGGCCAAGUAAUUCCCUUACUUGGCAGUGUCAGUGUGCCCUGGGGGGCUUGUCUAAAUAUGCAGGUUUCUGGGUGCUGCUCCUUGCAAUGGAUUCAAUAAGUGGGGGGUGGGGAUCUCUUAAGUGCCGCAGGUAAUUUCAGUCCAGCUAGGACCCGCUAGUUUAGACCAGUUCCAAACACUGUAUUCUAAAGAGUACCUUCUUGUUACAGUCUUUUGAAUACCCUUAGACUGAGCCUUCAGAAGAGCUACUCUAAACUCGGAUGCAAUUCUUUAUAAAUAUAAACCGGUUAACUUUUUUCCACCUACCUCAGAAUGUGUUACUUGUGAAAUCACUAGAAAGUGAAACUUCUUACUCUCUGGAUUAAUCUUAGAUAUGUGUGACAACAGCUUUCAAGGAUUGAAAGAUACUUCUAUUAUGUGCUUAAUGAAAAUUAAAGGUUAUGCAUUUGGCAUUUUUAA